CAUCGUAUGGGUUUAAGUAUUUCAGUGUUGACUGCUCAGAUAGAACGACGCUGCAUACAAUAACCAAUGUUGACCAAACCAAACGGCAUGGAUAUUUAUCACGGUUGUUUAUUUAUCUUCGGAUGGAAUUUUCUUUUAAAAGAUGCUGCAGCCCAGGUAGUCACGUUGUCUCCGACCUCUCCCACCAUGACACAGUACAGUCCUCUGACAUUUACCUGUGAGACACAGAGCACAAACACAGGCUACGUAAUAUGGGGUAAGCGGGUAGGAAACGCUGAUGUUGCUAUCGGGACCAUAGUCAUUAGAGGUGACAACGAUUGUUCUCCUCCAUACGUUGGUUUGGCACCAAACUCCACACUAUACAGCUAUGCCUGCCCGGCUACAAACAGACUCACGCUUACGAUAAGGAAUGUGUCGAGGACGGAGAAUGGAGUCAAAUGGCGAUGCCAAGUUCUGGUCAACGGAACAAAAGAAAAUAGCAACGAAGAAACAAUUACAGUGCAAGUUGGCAUUACUGACGUGACGUUAUCUCCCGCCACCGACCCUUUCAACGUGACAGAGAAUACCCCAACAACACUGGAGUGCCAAACAUCGGGCGGGUUACCGGCAGCCUCUGUCAGAUGGUUCAUCCAAAGGUCAGGCCAGGUGCAGGACGUAACGUCGCUCUCCACAAACACGUAUAAAGAGAUGGAUGACCUCAACGUGACGCAGAGCUCACUUAACUUCACCCCGGUUAAAGUUGAUCAGGAUGGCCAGAUAUACUGUUCAGCAAACAAUGUGGGAGUAGAAAGGAAUUCCAAUAAGUCGUCUAUUAAUGUUUUAUACGGACCUGACAGACCGUUGUGCAAAACGAACAACCUCAACAUUACUUCAGUAUUGAAGGUUAUUAUUGGUACCACAUUCACCAUCUCCUGCACAGUUGACAGUAAUCCAUCGCCAUAUUCUUACCAGUGGUCACCUUCCGGAGGGAGCAGUCAACAGUUAGGCUUCACAGACAUUCAGAGGAUAAAGAACGGAGAGUACACACUUCAGGUUUUGAACAGAAUGCCUGUCACUGGGAGUAGCAGUCCAGUCAAUGGCAGUAACACGACGUCUUUUACAGUAGAUGUUUUGUUUCCCCCUGCUGUGCCAACCAUACGCAUGAGCGGUAAAGAUGUCACAGGUACCGUCAAGGUCAUCGACGGUAAAAGCAAGGCAUUCAACUGCAGCACAGAGAGUAACCCUGUCAGUAACUACAGCUGGACGUACCCAAAAGGCUUUAGUUUUAAUAACAUCUUGCAAGUGAACAACUUUCAGUCAAGCUCCCACAACGGCGAUUACACGUGUCACGUUCGGAACCGAAUGGAACCAUCGUUUGGUGAUUCAAAAGAAAAUGUUUCCAGGACAACUGUAUCUGUCGAUGUUUUGUAUCCACCUCGUCUACCGUUAUUCAAAUACGAAACUAUCACUGGCUCAGUCAUCAACGACAACACUAUUGCCAUUGUCCUUGGAGACGAAGCGUCAGUGGCAUGUGAAGCCCACGCCAACCCGGCUCCCCAUACCUACACCUGGUCUGGAUCACAGACAAACGGCCAGCUGUUGUCCCUUAGCAGCUUUAAUGUUAACACCACGGUCGAGUGCACGGCGUACAACACAAUGACGGAAACAAACGAAAGUCCUACUGAUAUGAGCAAUUAUUCCACUUUGCAAAUAAAUGUCUGGCGACCUCCACAAAGUGUUACAUUACAAUACCAUUAUGGUUUAAAUGGAUCCAUGAGUAUAAAAAAAGAACUGAAGGUACUAGCCAGCGAGGCCUUCUGGUUGUCGUGUACGGCGGAUAGUUCUCCUUCGUCUACGUACACAUGGUCAGGCCACCCUUCUUCACGGGCGGGAAUCUUCAAUGUAACAGGAGGUCUAACAACAAGCCAGUCGGUGUCUUGCCUUGCGGAAAACUACAUGCAGACGACGUACAAAGGCACGGUGCGCGGGAACACGUCAGCUGCACUACACAUUGAUGUCUUGUAUGGCCCGAAAACGGGCAAUCUGCAGAACGUUAGUAAAGUCCGCGGCGAAAGCUUUGUUUACAAGUGUUUGUACACACCGGGCAACCCUCCAGCUGUUGACUUUGAGUGGACGAGGUCCGAAACAGGCAUCUCGUGGGCCAAACAGAUUACACAAAACUUAACAAUUCCAAAUGUGCAGCGUCUUGACGAGGCCAGUUACACAUGCAAGGUGUCCAGUGUUCUCCGGCCAACGUUGACAUCUGCGACGACCACCCAGUUUGACACUGCAACAUUUUAUCUCGAUAUUCUUUAUGGGGCAGAAAACUUGAUGUUACAACUCAACAACGUUUCCCACAAUUCUGAAGAAGUUGAUGAACAUUCAUCAAACGAAAUGGAAUGUUUCCUAGAAAGUGAUCCCGGGUCGGAUAUGGCCCUUACAAAAGACGGUAAAACGAUAAUCGCAAUAUCUGGUGUACAUAAACUAACACAUGUACUACAGGCUGAAUGUUCCGACACUGGAGUGUAUACGUGUUCAGGAUACAAUCAGUAUGGAGCAGCGGAUAACGCGUCAGUGCACUUAUUCGUAAAAUGUUCCGCGAGGCCAUCGCCUGGGGUGGAGGUACAGCUUAAUUUUACCGCCCGCAAACACGAUAAUGCAACUCUAGUCUACAAAAUAUUCGCCUACCCUGUGCCCAAGCCCCAAGACUUUGUUUGGAAGCGCUGUACGAAUCGCACGUCUUGUGAACCUUUUACGGAUGAAAUGAAAAAAAUUGAAAUAUACACAGAAGGUCUUUCAAGUAAAUUAACGGUGACGGAUGUUCAAAUUGAAGAUUACAGAAUUUACCAAUUGUCAGUGUCGAACGGAGUUGGUGAUACACUAGUCGAAUGGCUACACCUUAGACCCAUAGGCAAACCUGAAUCACCAAUGGACUUUCACGUCAUUCAAGAUUCAAUAGGGGAGACAACUGCUGUAUUGACCUGGAAACCAGGAUUUGACAAUGGCUCUCCUCAGACCUUUAACAUUUCCUAUGGAAAACUGGUUGAUGACACCGGAUAUAUUACACAUAAUGUAAAAGAUGACGAUAGAAAGGAGAUUAUUUACACAGUGGAAAAUCUAGAACCUGGAACUGAAUACUUAGUCUCUCUAUUUGCGGCGAAUGAAGAGGGCUCUACUACAUGGUUGAACGUAACUUUUGAAACUCUAAAACGUAUAAAUCCUGAGCCGCCAUAUGGUCCCCCAGCAGCUGUAAUUGGCGGAGCCGUUGGUGGAGGAAUUAUUGCAAUAUUAAUCAUCGUUGGAGUUGUCGUUUUUGUCAUUAGAUAUCGACAAUCGGGUGACAUGAAGGACAAAGAAACACUUACUGAAACCCGCCGCAUGGACCCACUUUCUAGACAACAACAAGAUGAAGACGAUGAACUUUCAGAUGUUGUUGAAAACUCAAUGUAUAUUCCUGCUGGGGACAUUCCAAAGCGCAAAAAAAAACGAAAUGAAAACUGCGGCGACCGAGGAUUUGUACGCUCAGCCGAAAAAAGCGAAAACCUCGAAACUGAUAAAUUCAGAUAUAUACGCUGAAGUUAAGAAAGACAAGAAAAAGGGCAUAUCGAAAACCAACCCCAAAAAACAGUAUGACAACAAAGCCUUUGAAGAUCAAACGUAUGAAAACCACGAUAUCCAGGAAACAAAG